AUGCGGCCGGACAUCACGCUCUUCGUGUCGAGGAUGGUGUUCAACAGCGACCUCCGGGGGGUGCUCGGCCUCGUCACCGUCCCCUGCUCCGUCCUCCAGACCUCCAAGGACCACUCCGUGCCGGAGUCCAUGGCGGCCUACCUCAAGGAAAACCUCGGCGGCCGGACCACCGUGCACAUGCUCGACAUCGAGGGCCACCUCCCCCACCUCUCCGCCCCCAACCUCCUCGCGCAGGAGCUCCGCCGGGCCUUGCCCCGCUGA